UCUUUUGUAGUCUUCACAAAGCUUAGCAUCUAAACCAAUCCCUCUCCUUAGUCACCAAGAAACCCAUAACUCUACAUAAAACACUAACAAGCUCCUCCAUUCUCAGUUUUAUCUUCCAUUUUCACCUGCACCAAAAAGAAAACAAGAACUUGAAAUACACAAAAACACAUUUCAGAUCACAGAUUUUCUUGAGAUAUGAGUGCAGACUGGGGACCUGUGAUUGUAGCAGUGGCUCUGUUCAUCCUACUCUCACCAGGAUUGCUCUUUCAGUUACCGGCAAGGACAAGAGUGAUGGAGUUUGGGAACAUGAGCACAAGCGGGAUUUCGAUUUUGGUCCACGCCAUUAUAUACUUCUGUAUACUCACUAUCUUGGUCAUUGCCAUACAAAUUCACAUCCAUUUCUGAUCUUAUAGUGUAACAAAAGGCAGCUUCUUUGGUUUCAAAACUUCGCCUUUAUCCAUUUUUUUUUCCUUUUCUUUUUGUUGCUAAUCUCUGAUUCUUGGCUCAUAGGGUCUCAAACAGGGGUGGUUAAAAAAGGUUGUAUACAAAUAAGUAAUCCGUGAUUUUGUUCUCCACAAUUCAAUUUCUAAAAACUCUCUACAACAAUAUCUCUCUGAUCUCUCAUGGCUUCAAAAUGUAAGAAUGCAAUAUAAAGCAUCUUACUUUGCUACAAAUUUCCUUUAUUUCGCUAAUCUCUCAUUCUUUGCUAAUAUGGUUUAAAAGUAAGUAUUGCAUAGACAAAUAAAAAUCUGCAAUUUUGUAUUCCACAAUUUCAAUUUAUCAACUCUGAAUAGCUCAAGAAAAGAUCGAAACAAAGAUCAAAUUUUUCCUUAAUAAGUUAAUAACAGCAAUACAAGCUUAAUGGAUUAAUACAUUUGAGUUCUACAGAACAGAGUAUAAAGUAUACAAAACCCCUUAAAACAGAGUUCCAGAUCUCAGAAGAUUCCUCCAGAUUCAGCAAAAAGGGUUUACCUUUAUUGUCUGCCGGAAAUACCCAAUUA